AUGGUGUGCGCACUCUACGGAGGGCACGGCGCCAGGUCCUGGUCAUUCACCCCUGCCACAUCACCGUCUGCUGUUCUCGUCUCGUGGCGCUACCAGUUCCGUCCCGCCAACACGAUGGACGGACUGGGCGGCUCCAGUGUGCUGAGAGCGGACCGCUAG